GGCACGAGUAACUUGGAACGCGGAAGUUGUUUGACGAAGUUUCAACAGAAGACUUAUUUUUGGCAGAAUGCCCCUUUGUUUCACCGUUUCAAUGUAGAUGUUUUGUUUGGCAGUUCUACGUACUCAAGUGUCAUUGUUUUUCUUAUAAGAAGCUGUAGGGUUUGAAAGCCCACGAGGAACCAAUCCACAAUGGGAAGCCUCUGCGGAAAAUGUCAGAAGAAGAACAACGAACAAGGGACAACUAAUAAUGCUACGCCAGACUUAAAGGUGAAGAAGAAGAGACAUCCUUACGACAAACCGGCUCCAAGCGCUUCUCCCUCAGGCAUCAUGUUUGGUUCUGAUGCAGAUUCAGGUGUUCAGAGCGAUGUCUUUAUGGCGUUAUAUAAAUACGACGCUCGUACCGAAGGAGAUCUCACAUUUGACAGAGGAGACAAACUAUGGAUCUUGGACUUCAGUGGCGACUGGUGGCUUGCUAAGUCUAUCCUAACACAGAAAGAGGGCUACAUCCCAAGUAACUUUGUUGCUCAAGUCAAGAGUCUGGAUGCUGAAGAAUGGUUUUUCCGGGAGUGCACACGGAGCGACGCAACAAAUCGCCUGAUGAGUGCGGGUCUGAGACCAGGAACAUUUCUCAUCAGGGAGAGUGAAAGUAAACCAGGAACGUACGCUCUUUCCGUUAGAGAUGAGAGUACAGGUAGAGUCAAUACUAAACAUUAUCGCAUUCAGAAAUCAACCGACGGGACAGCGUUGUUUUACAUCUCACCACAGAAGCAGUUCCCCACGUUACAAGACAUUGUAGAAUUCUACAAAAAUGACAAUUCGGGAUUGUGCUGCCCAAUCACAGACUCCUGUCCGAGGGAAAGUCCAACAACGAUGACCCUAGCCAGGGAUGUAUGGGAGGUAGACAGGUCCACUAUGGUUCUGGCAUCCAAGCUAGGAUCAGGACAGUUUGGUGAAGUCUGGAAGGCGAUUUGGAAUGGCAGUACCUCAGUUGCAGUCAAGACUUUAAAGGAAGGAACAAUGUCGCCGGAAGCUUUCCUGGCGGAAGCCAACAUCAUGAAAGAGAUGAGACAUCCAAAGCUUGUUAACCUCUAUGGUAUCUGCUCUGAAAAGGAACCGAUCUACAUAGUGACUGAGUUAAUGAGUAAUGGAGCGUUACUCACAUACCUCAGGGAAGGUAACGGGAGGUACCUCAGCCUUAGAAUCUUAGUCGACAUGGCCGCUCAGAUUGCAAAUGGGAUGAGCUUUCUAGAGAUUCGAGGAUACCUUCAUCGAGAUCUAGCGGCCCGUAACAUUCUAGUAGGAGAGAACAACAUGGUGAAGAUAGCAGACUUUGGUCUAGCUAAGCUCGUCUUAGAGGAAAACUACGUCGCUAGGAAAGGGAAUAAGUUUCCAGUGAAGUGGACAGCACCAGAAGCUGCCCUGUAUGGAACCUACAGCAUUAAAUCAGAUGUCUGGUCCUAUGGAGUCUUACUGACUGAGAUUGUCACCAAAGGAAUGUUGCCGUAUCCAGGAUUAUCAAAUGCCGAAGUUCUGGAACAAGUUCAACACAGUUACCGAAUGCCCAAACCCCAGCACUGCCCCGACUCGCUCUACAAACUGAUGCGCAAAUGUUGGCACAAAAUCCCACAGGACCGGCCCACGUUUGAAUUUCUCUACAAUUAUCUCGAUGACUAUUUCGUCUCGCAAGAACCUGAAUACAAAGACCCGGAAGGAUUUUAAUGACGGAGUAACGGUGAGCGUUGAAACAAGAAAAAAUAAAACUGCUGCCAUUUUUUAUUUAUAAUGUGACGAGAGUUUUGAUUUCUAUAAAAUCAAGGGAUGGUGUGAUUUGGUCAGGGGUGGCAUCUCCCUUCGUUGCUAUUUUCUCGGGACCACACUUUAUCAUGUUUUGCCUCGUAGCUAAUCAUCACAUCGUAUGAUUUUUUAAGUAGGCUGUCGUAAUAAUCAUGUUAAACUAAGCAAUAUUGUUUAGAGUAUUAUGUUUAGGUGACAAUAGUGCCUUGUGCAAUUUGCUUAUUUAACUUUCUACGCUUUUUUUGAGAGGUGUGGAUGAUUUUUAGUCAAUCAGACGUGUCGCUGUUAUCGCCAUGGUUAUGAAUGGUGGAAAAACAAUGCCAGUUUGCAAUACUAGGGCCUAUGCAUGUAGUGAUUGCGUCAACUUGGUACACAGUGAACCCUCCUACUGUUUCAUCAUUCAAUGUUGUCCACUGUUGUUAUUAAUCACAGAUAAACUAUGCCAGGGUUAAAUAACAAAUUGGAAGAUAAGUGAAAUCCAUACCGCCUCUGUUAUAUAAUUGUUUUUGUGACAUGGUCUAUUUAUAAUUGUUCACGGACCAAAUUAGGAUGUAGUGUUUGUAUCUUUGUAUCUGAAUCUAAAUUCUAAAGUCCGCAAAGCAUCCUCAUGGAAACAUCACACCAAAUGUUUGUAGAAAAGACAAUGAAGAAAUUUCAGUUUUAGAGCAAAUGUUACUAUAUUGCGUGUAUUUUGGAUUAUGGGAAGGCAGUGACGAUUGAUACAUGGUCUCUAGUAAUGAUUAGUACAUUGUCUGUGAGGCAAUGUAAAGUACAUGUAGCCAAAUUAUUGCUCGACGAUAAAAAUCAUGGGAAAGUGCAGUGACUUUGCCAGUAUGUUGUGAGCAACCGGUUAAGGUUUACCACCCAAACUGGAACUUGAGACGUCAUAGAGGGCACAUUAUAGUUGUUUGGGAUUGAUAGGCCUGCCACAAUAGGACCGCUAUCCCUGAGGUCAAACCAAUAGCUAUGUGUACGCACUGCGCAUAGCUCUCGGCCAAUGAUUGGCCUUCCUCAGACCUCAGUAAGGGCGCUGUUUUGAGCUUUGACAUGUAAAGGGGUAUGUUAGAUUUUGAUUUGGUCAAAUGAGAUGCUCAAAUUUAGGCUUCUUCACAAUGUUCAUACAGUAGCGUUUUGGAUAAGGGAUCUGCAUGUCAAGCUGAAGUUGGAUAGAAUGCACUAAGUAGAAUGUUGAUUCCAACGAGUUACAUAAUAAUCACAGACUGGAAUGAGUUAGGUGCGUAAUUAAUUCGCCUUUUAGCAACUGUCAUUUCAACUUUUCUUUCUGAUUUUUUAGCUAAUAGAAAGCCAUUAUAUAGUAAUGUAAGCCUUAUCACGUCUGACAUUCAAAAAUCUGGAAAACAUAUAAGAACCACCGCAUGUAGUGAUGUGAUCAUUAUUCUCUCACUACAAUCAUCCUUUGUAUGACUAGCCCUCCAUCGAUUCACAAAAUGUAAAGGAGAAAUAAGCGCUACAAGGGCUACGACCAGAACAGUGUUGACAUAGCAGUCGGUUGGAUAUUGGCUAUUAUCAAUAAAUAUGUAAACUAAGUAAACUAUGUACAAAGAUCCACUUGAAGACAGAUACAUUGUAGCAUAAAAUCAUAACAUGUGAACUCAGAAAGUAAUAUUGUUUAUUUAGUGAAUAGAUUGCAGAGAAUAUAAGUACCCCCCCAAAAAAAAAAUGCUGAGGGGGAGGGGAGGGGCACAUCAUGCUUAGUGGGUCGAUAUAUUGUUCUAUUGGUUAGAACAGAGGCAUGAUCGAACCAGUGCCAAUAUUUAGGCAGCAAUUGUCCACUCUUUGAAAUAAUUGUGACAUAAUCAAUGCAUCUUUAACAAAAUGGAAUAAUUGUGACAAUGUGUAUGAUAAUAUUAACCUAUUUAAAAUAAGAGUGCAGCAUCAAACUCGACUUGUGAGUCAUUGGGGUGUGGGUUCGAAUCCCGGUCAUGAUUCUUGUGUCUACCACGAGCAAGUAACCUAACUAUAGACUUUGCUUCUCAUCAGGCAGAAGUAAAUGGGUACCUGUGAGGGUAGGGAUCGUUGAUGAGAUUGAUUAGCAACCCUUGCGCCCAUUCAGCUGCUGAUGGUGCAUACUCAUAAGGAGUUGAUAUGAUUUCAGCACCCAUUGAACUGGGGUAUUGUUGUUGUAAAGCGCUUUCAGGGGCCAACUUGGCUAGAAAAGUGCGUGUAAUUAAUAAAGGUUAUUAUUCUUGAUGAUUUUUACUAUUACACUGCUGACGUACAAUGUUAGAGCAAAUUUAAUUAGAGCACCCAUAAUGUAACUAUUGUCUUUCAAAUCUGUCGAAAAAUCCUACAUUUAUCAACACCUUGGGAAGUGUAAAGUAAUAACCAAAAACUUGCUAAGCACAGAAAACUUGUGCUUAGCAAAAUUAAGUACUGUACACUUAUCAGUGCUGUGACCGAUACCCAACUAAUUUUUUGCUUUUAAAACGUUUAAGCACCCCCCCAAAAAAUGCUGAAAAGUACUGAGUCAUCAAAACGUACUCUGUGUUAUGAAGCAGGGAAUGAGAAGUUUGGUCAAAUAUGAAAGUAGACAAUGCAACUAAAUUUUGAAGCUUUUUUGAUUUUCGUUCUCUUGUUGUUGUUGUUUUUGCUUGUUUUGAUGGUGCAGGGGGAGUUUAUGUACCAGGGGAUCUGUUAAUGCCCAAACAGGUUUUCAUUUCUAGUAAGGUUUGUUGUAAUGCAUGGUACAUAAAUUUUCUCUCUUAUGAGUUGUGAUUGUUUCUGAAUAGAAAUGGUGCUGUAGCAACUCAACGUUUCGAUCAGUAUGCUCCGAGUGUCUUCAGGAGCAUACUGUAUACACGGAUUUGUAUUUGUUGUCUUUCAUAGUGUUUUCCUUUGCGAGGAAUUUUCUUCUUUGAUUUGUAUACGUUAUUUUGUAUGUAGAGUCAGGCAUGGACGCUUGAGGCUUGAUACUUCAUGGAGGUAUUGGAGGCGAUUGUCUCUAUUGCCCAUCGGAGAAAUUGCCUCCGUUGCCCCAGGGCUUAAUUUCAUAGGGCUGCUUUUAAAAGCAGACAAUUUUGUUUAAAAAUAUUGCUAAGCGAACAUAAGCAGGAUACCAGACACAAAUAGACACGUGAUGUGAAUGUUGGCUGGUAACUUACUCUGGUAAGCAUAAUUUUGUUGUGCUUAGCUAAUUUUACUGGUUACGCAGCUCGGUGAACUUUGGCUCUGGUCCUUGCCUUUUUGCCCCCUAGAAUUGUUCAAAAACAAAUAAAGGACAAUUUACUUUACCAAGAAGAAAAUGCCUUGGUGCCCUUGCCCAAAGCAUCAGGCCUGACUCUGUUAAGAAUUUUAACAAAAUCUACGAAUUAUGUUGAAAUGUGUCAAUGUACAUAAUGAUUUUAAGCUCUAUAACAAACAGUAAAAUAUUGUAAAUGUAUAUUUUUCUUUAUCAAGUUAAAGUAUUUGUACAUAUACAAAAUAUUGUAAUUAUCUCAGUUGUUUCAUCAUAAACUAUGUAUCCGGAAGGAAUCAAAUAAAUGUAUUAAAAUUUACUGGUCUUUUUUAAGGAUGUUCUUUCAUUAAAACAUGUAUGGUUAGAAUGUACAACCUCUUGAUGCAAAGGUCGCUGUUGUCUUAAAUUUAUACUUAAGUCUCGGACACAUUUGCAUCAUCUCAAAGUUGUAAAUUUAUGAGUAAUUGUUUAAAGCAGUGACAGGUAUGAUUAAACUGUAUAAGAUUUGUUGAAUUUGCAA